UUCCAUAAAUUUGUCAUAUCACCAAUUGUCAAACCAUUUCGUUUGACUUUUCUUUCGCUAAAGUCCGUUUACGGCACCACACGUUUCGUGUCUUUACGACUUAAAAAAUGCGUUACGUGGCCGCGUAUUUGUUAGCUGUGCUGGGAGGCAAAGCAGCCCCAGUACCAGCAGAUCUGGAGAAGAUUCUUAGCUCAGUUGGUAUUGAAGCUGACUCUGACAAACUAAAAAGAGUCAUUGAUGAGCUGAAAGGAAAGUCUGUCGAGGACUUGAUUGUGGAAGGUCGUGAGAAGCUUUCUUCAAUGCCAGCUGGAGGUGCCGCGCCUGCUGCUGCUGCCGCUGCACCUGCUGCUGCUGCUGCUGAGGAGAAGAAAGAAGAGAAAGAAGCCAAGAAAGAAGAAUCUGAGUCUGAUGAUGAAGAUAUGGGCUUUGGUCUCUUUGACUAAGCUUUUUAAGGUGCGAGUCACGCGGUUUAUUAUUCCAUUUUUGGUGUAAGCGUAAAUUGACUAAAAGUAUGUUUCUGUGAAAUAUACAUUGCAAAAAAAGACA